AUGGAAAGAUACAAAAUAAGUCCUGCACAAAUAUACUCCAUAACUUGUGAUAAUGCAAGAAACAUGGUGAAAAUGGUUUACUUAUUCAAUGAAAAUUCUGAAAAUAAUGAUGAACCAGUUGAUGAUACUGAUGAAGAAAAUAUUUCCAACCUGGAAGACAACGAUGAUAUUUUAUUACAAAAUAUUCAAGAUAUGAAAGGUACAUCAGAUAUUGAGAUGGGACCAUUAACCACAUGUAUGAGAUGUGCAGUUCACACAUUUCAGCUUGCCAUUUGUGAUUCUAUGAAAGACCGUUCUAUUCAAGGCAUUUUGUCUAAAGCUCGCAAAGCAGUGAAAACUUUAAGAACACAAAUAUACGCAGCCUGGUUGAAAAGGGAAGGAUUAAAGCAGGCAAUUUUGGACAUUGAAACUAGGUGGAAUAGUACAUUCAAUAUGUUGUACAGACUUAUAGAACUCAAACAAUUUUGUGUGACUAAUGAACAAAUAAUCUUAUCUUCUAAUGAUUGGAAUUUGGUUGGAAAGAUAGUUACAGCUUUAGAGCCAGCUAAAAUUGCCACAGUCCAAAUGCAAUCAAACUCGUUAACUCCCGGUGAUGUAUAUGGUAUUUGGUUAAAGACUGAAAUGUCUUUAUCAAAGAUAAAUAUUCCACUCUCAAAAAACUUAAUAAAAAAUAUGGCCGAACGACAAAAACACAUUUUUAUGAAUCCUGUAUUUGAAUCAGCAAUUUAUCUUGAUCCACGCUAUCAACAUUUAAUGUCUGUUAAAUCAAAAACCAACGCUGUACUUCAUUUAGUGAAUACUUAUAAUUUAAUGAAAAACAUAAAAAAUAAUAAUGAUUCAGUCCAAGACCAAGAUACUGAUGAAUCUAUAACAGAAAUUAGUGAAACUACUAAUGAAAAUAUAGAAACAGGAUUGGAGGAAAAUGAUCCUAAUAAUUUUCAAUUAUACUUGCAAUCAGUAUCACAAAGUGUACCUUCAUCAUCUCAAUCUUCUUCAUCUAACACAGAUACUGUUUCUAUUUCAAUCUUGUCACUCCUGAAUUUAUAUGAUAACCAACCUAUACUACCACAUACAGAAAGUAUUUUGUCUUACUGA